CUGUUUACUAGGUCGUCGUUAUUUACGUACAACAUAUAAAAGUUUUAUCUUUUGUCAUUUAAUGGUCACAUUCAAAUGAAGUGUAUAAGACGAAGUUACGUACUGUGAACAAGGAUAAAUAAUUUAUUCGUUGUAUGGGUUCUUCAACAUCAAAGCAUAUCCUCAAUGCAAAACUUUUUUCGGAAACGUUUCUAGCUGAUAUAGGUUGUGACGAUAAGGGUACUGUUUUGUGCAAGGAUGAGGGUUUACCAUGUUUAAAUGGUGGAGUUUGCGCACUUUAUGUAUCCGAAAUAGACGACAAGUGCAUUAAACGCUGCAAGUGUACUGAUGAUUACAUUGGUGAUUAUUGUCAAUUCUAUGCUGGAUUCUAUUCUGCUACAAUCGGUUUAGUAGUUGGACUAUUUGUCACACUUUUAAUAAUCUUAUUCGCGGUUAUUUUAAUUUGGUAUUGUUGCGCACGAAAAAAACGAAGAGAAAAAGAAAAUUACCAAGCUGAACGAUUGCCACCGAGAACAUGUUUAUCUAAUCGAAUUAAUCGAAAUAACAUGGUUUGCGAAAGUAAUCGUGCAAUGAUGAAUAGGAAUAAUAAUGAUAGUAAUAAUCCAAACGAUGAAAUUGAUGUGAACAAUGUUACACCGUAUGCUAGUUUUGUUAAUCUAGCACCAGGACAGGGUACUCAAAAUAUUUUAAACGAAAACACAAGGAUACUCUACUUCGCAAUCGUUUAGUGUAUACGAAAAUGUUGGUUGGGGUGAAGAGUUCGACUCAUCUAAAUAUGAUUUAAAUGAUCCGAUGUCCACAUAUACUUACGAAACAGAAGGUCAAGCUCAUUUAGUUGAAAUUGAUAAUUCAACUGAAACAUACUUAAAUAGGAAUACAAUUGAUGAUAAAGAAACUUCUUAUUCAGAAUAUGGUUUAUUAACUGAAAGAUCAGUAACAGCACAACCGGUAUUGCCUAAUCAACGGGAAACGAUUGCUUAACAAAGAAAUAUCCAUAAAAAAAAAUUAGUAGAUAUAUACGUUCAAUUUACUAAGUCAAUUUACAAUACUUUUCCUAAAAUUAUUAUACACAUGAAACUUGGCUACAUAUCGAAACAUUUUUUUUUAAUACAGAUACAACUAAUCAAUUUAUUUCUUGUAAAAACUGUCUGAAAAACACUUCUUAAAGCACAAGUUAGUAAUCACCAUCAUCGUGAUACAACAAUUAUUUUAAUUUGCUUCUUUCGAGAAAGUUAAAUAGUAAGAAAUAAGCCAUUUCCUUCCUUGUAUAAUAUUCAAUAAUAAAUGAUAUAUGAAUAUUCUUAAGUUUUGUUUUGCUUCUAUGUUUAUCUUCCCUGUUUCUUAUUUUGCGUUCUGACUUCAUUUUAAUAAAUUCUAUUAUUUAACAUUAUCAAAGUUUAGAUAAACUGGUUAAUUUAUAAGUUUCCUUAUGAUUUCAUUCUAUUUCAUUUUGUUUACAGAAGACAAAAUACUAUUGAUUAGAUUGAAACUGGAAAUAAAUAAUUAAUUAAAAAUGAAAAGUAUAUUAUAUUUUAAAAUCUUUUGAUUUGCACUUCAUUUUUUAAACAAACUACACAAAUCACUAUUGUGUUUCUGUAUGAAUAAAUGUAUGUACAAAUAACAGACAGGUUUAUUCUUGACAUUGCAUUCAUCUUAUGCAAUAUUUCUAUAUUUAUAUAAAUUCACACUUCAUUACUAAUAAACUGUAAAAAAAAAUAAGAGUUAGAAACAAAAGAAAACGUCUUUCAUUAUAAUAUAAACUGCCUUCUGUUCUGUACUGUUUCUUUUAGUCUAAUUAUCGAAUAGGGUUUAUGGUAAAUAGAUUUUGUGUUUAAAAGUAAUUUGUAUUGUUUUGUGUACUGUAAAACGCGAAGUUACCAUUUUCAGAUUAUUCUCAUUACGAAUCGCCAUUGAAAGUAUAUAGGAUCAUAUA